CCUCUUCCCCCGCUCCCGCGCGUCGCCGAGCGUUUCACGUUCACAACACCCCCCCCCCCUCCCCGCUCCCAUCGUACGAACUCGUACGACUCGCCUCCGCAUGCGAGGAUUUUCCCUGCCGGCUACGCACGCCACCACGCUCUCCGUGACAACGAGGCGCCAACCUCCUCCUCACUACCCGCGUCGUGCUCCCCCUCCCCCACUCAUAUAACCGUCCACACCCCGCUCCUGCUCCCGCCACGCCAUUGCAUCCAUCCAAUAUCCAUGGACACCCACGCCGUGCCCCGCGCCGCCGCCACCGUCGACCUCCGCUGGCUGCUCUCCGUCGCGGCGGGGGCCGUCUUCGCGCUCCUCCUCCUCCUCGCCGCCUCCCCGCCCUUCCCGCUCCGCCCCGCCUCCCUCUUCACCACCACCUCCCCGCGCCGCGCGCUGCCGCCGCUCUUCGUCGAGUCCUCCUCCACGCUCUCGGCGCCGCCGCCGACACCGCCACCCUCGCCGCCGCGGUUCGCCUACCUCAUCUCCGGCUCGGCCGGGGACGCGCCCAUGAUGCGGCGCUGCCUCCUCGCGCUCUACCACCCCCGCAACAGCUACAUCCUCCACCUCGACGCGGAGGCGCCCGACGACGACCGCGCCGGCCUCGCCGCCUUCGUCGCCGCGCACCCGGCCCUCUCCGCGGCCGCCAACGUCCGCGUCAUCCGCAAGGCCAACCUCGUCACCUACCGCGGCCCGACCAUGGUCACCACCACGCUCCACGCCGCCGCCGCCUUCCUCUGGGGCCGCGGCGGCGGCCGCGGCGCCGACUGGGACUGGUUCAUCAACCUCUCCGCCUCCGACUACCCCCUCGUCACACAGGAUGAUUUGAUGCACGUGUUCUCCAAGCUGCCACGCGAUCUCAACUUCAUCGAUCACACAAGCGACAUCGGAUGGAAAGCAUUUGCAAGGGCGAUGCCAAUGAUCGUGGACCCAGCGCUGUACAUGAAGACAAAGGGUGAAUUGUUCUGGAUUCCCGAGAGGAGGAGCUUGCCGACAGCAUUCAAGCUCUUCACUGGGUCAGCGUGGAUGGUGCUAUCGAGGCCGUUCGUGGAGUACCUGAUCUGGGGGUGGGACAACCUCCCGCGGACGGUGCUCAUGUACUACGCCAACUUCAUCUCGUCGCCGGAGGGCUACUUCCACACCGUCGCCUGCAACGCCGGCGAGUUCAGGAACACCACGGUGAACAGCGACCUCCACUUCAUCUCCUGGGACAACCCGCCCAUGCAGCACCCGCACUACCUCGCCGACGCUGACUGGGGCCCCAUGCUCGCCAGCGGCGCCCCCUUCGCCCGCAAGUUCCGCCGCGACGACUCCGUUCUCGACCGCAUCGACGCCGACCUCCUCUCCCGCCGCCCCGGCAUGGUCGCCCCCGGCGCCUGGUGCGGCGCCGCCGCCGCCGCCGAUGGCGACAGCAACAGUACUACUACCGGCGGCGCCGUCGACCCCUGCGGCGUUGCCGGCGGCGGCGGCGAGGCGGUGCGGCCGGGGCCUGGCGCCGAGCGGCUGCAGCGGCUGGUGGCGUCGCUGCUGUCGGAGGAGAAUUUCCGGCCGAGGCAGUGCAAGGUGGUGGAGGCGAAUUGAGCAAAGCUAAGCUAGCUUAGCAUCUCGCCAUCGAAGAUCGAUCUCUCGUCGAUGGGAUGAAAUCUUGAUAUGAUCAUGUGAGAUGAGAGCGCAAAAUUGCCUGAAUAUUGGGAGUGCGAUCGAUCGAUCUCACGUACGGCAUAUAGGGUGCAUGACACCUGAAUAUACUGAUGAUGGUGUGUGCAUAUAUAAUUUGUAUGGUGGCAAUGUGGCAUGCAAGAAUGCAUGAUGCUAGGUUGUCAAUUAAGGUAUACGUGUGUAUACUGUAUACUGUAAAAAGAAAUAGAAAUACUACCAGCAUAUAUGGAACGAAGAAUGUGUGUAUUAUCCGACAUUUUAACACACUUAUACAUUUGUUUUUAGAAAUUGGAAGAGUACAAGCUAAGUACAAUUAUUU